AAAUAAAAAGAAUUGGAAUUACAAAAGGAACCAAAAGCAAAUUAUUCGAUCUUUUGGGGGGAAGGAAAAAAUAAAAAAUUCAACAGACACAAAAAUAUUUAUAGAAUUAGGGUUCUCUAUUUAGCUUUCUCCAUCUUGCCUUUUCUCAGUUAUAUAUUCCUCCUCUCAGACUCAGAGUCGUAUAUCGCUCUACAAAACAAACGUGUUGAUUACUCAAAGCACUUCAUUGGAAUUCGAUUGUUCUGAUUAUACUGAUUUGGGACUUUUAAUAGAUUGUGAUUUGGGGAUUUUAGUUGAAAUCAAUAAAGAUCGCAUCUUUUUUAUCCCUUUUGCAUAAAAACCGUUUCAAUUUUGUGAAUUAGGGUUUCUGAUAUACGACGAUGAUAUCUGAAUCGGAAAGUGUCUGAUCGCCGAUUUAAUUAAAUCGGCGAGGUGAUUCGCAGUUUUGAAGGGGGUUUUGGGUUUUGUAUGGAAACUCGGAGCCGGAAGCGGGCGGAGGCCACCUCAGGAAACUCGGAGCCGGAAGCGGGCAACUCUCUGUUUCUAUGUGGAACCAUUAUGCUUAUUUGCUAAGGACUGACCUUUCUAGCUGUAGUGCUAAUGUUUCACCUUUGACAGUCUUUGCAAGCUCUAAUGAAGAUAUCUCAGGAACACCCAACUGCUUGCUUGAGGGCUGGUGCGCUGAUGGCUGUGCUUUCUUAUCUCGACUUCUUUUCCACUGGUGUUCAGAGAGUAGCAUUAGCAACUGCUGCUAAUAUGUGCAAGAAGCUCCCCUCAGAUGCUGCUGACUUUGUCAUGGAAGCUGUUCCGCUUUUGACAAAUCUCCUUCAAUAUCAUGAUGCAAAGGUGAAUUCAUUAUCAUGUUAUGCUCCCGUUGCAGGAAGAUAUCUUCUCUUCUCUGGCCCCUCCUAGUUUGGUUAAACUUCACUUUUGUUUUUUUAAUGUUUUCUCUUGGUGAAGUUUAGCAUACUCUAUUUUUCAUAAUAAGAGAAAUUGAUUAUUAUAACAACAAUUUAGAAAAUUGUGAAUCACUAAAAAAUACCUAUCUUGACAAUUUGGGUAUGCUAAAAACCUGUAUUAGCUGGUAUACCUGUCAAUAUUAAUAUGAAUAAUUCAGAAAGAAAUAAUACUCUAAACAAUGUUAAUAUUUCGGCAGUAGCAAAUAUUGCCAAAAUAGAAAAUGAUUUACAAAAUUAGAGUAUUCCUAGAGAAUCCUUUAGCACUAUAUAUCACACAGGCAAGUUUGAUUUUAUUAAAAGUUAUAAUAUCAAAACUUGUGAAUCAACGAUCGCUAUUAAUAACUAAAUCGAAACAAUUAAGUUAUUAGCAGCGCAUGAUAUACAACAAUAUAGGAAAAAAUAUAAUUUUCUACAUAUUGGACUAGUACAAGUAGCUGUCAAACCUUUAUACAGAUUAGGGUUAGACACGCCCCUUUGUCUCUUGUUAAGAGAUGAUAGAUUAUUAAAUUUCGACGAUUCAUUAUUAAGAGUCUUACAAAGUAACCUAGCUCAAGGCCCGGUCUACUUUAAUUGUUAUCCAAAUUAUUCGGUUGACAUAAACGACCAGAAUAUUUUAGAUACCUUGACUUUUAAUAUUAAAACAAAAAACAUGAAUAGUAAAAUUAAUACAUGAGAGAAAUCAUUCACCUCGAUAAAGAGCCAAUAAAUAAAGAUUUGAACAAAAUAAUUGUUCAAAAUAACUACACGAACAAUC